GGAUUCGGAUUUGGAUUUUAGUUAAAUUAGAUUAGAUUCAACAUUUUAACUAGAUUGUUGGUAAAAAUUGUAAUAAUAAUUUCGUUACGCGUUAAUUAGUCAAAUAUUCGAGUUGUUAAUUCGUUAUAAAUUCGAUAAAACAUCGCGUUAACAACGCUUCGAAGUGCUUUCUAGUCCUCAGCAUGUCUUAACAAUCGAGUUGCUCAGUAAACCUUUCCAGACUUCCUCAUCAGUUCAACGAUACCAUCAUUUGUUCAUCGCUAAACAACACAUUAUGGUGACAAAUACUAAACGAUCAUGGAAACUGCAAGAAUUCACCGCCCACAAGGCGAACGUAAAUUGCCUAGCUUUGGGUCACAAAUCGGGUCGCGUACUGGUAACAGGAGGAGACGACAAGAAAGUAAACUUAUGGGCUAUUGGAAAAGAAAACUGUAUAAUGAGCCUGGGAGGCCACACUACUCCGGUCGAAUGUGUGAAAUUCUGCCAUACCGAGGACAUGGUAUGCGCUGGUAGUCAAGCGGGUAUCUUGAAAUUAUGGGAUUUAGAAGCAGCUAAAUUAUUUCGCACGUUGACCAGUCACAAAGGCGGUAUUAAAUGUAUCGAUUUCCAUCCGUACGGCGACGUAUUGGCUUCGGGAUCGUUAGAUACGUCCAUCAAGAUGUGGGAUAAUCGAAAUAAAUCCUGUAUAUUCACGUACAAAGGACAUCAGCAGACGGUGAAUAGUAUUAAAUUUAGUCCAGAUGGUCAAUGGAUCGCUUCAGGCGGUGAAGAAGGAUCGGUCAAGAUAUGGGAUAUACGUAACGGUCGUGUUUUAGAAGAUCUAAACGAGCAUUCUGGUGCGGUCACAGAUGUCGAAUUCCACCCUCACGAGUUCCUUUUGGCAUCGAGCAGCGCGGACAGGUCGAUUAAUUUUUGGGAUUUGGAGAAUUUCCAUAUGGUUUCGAAAACGGAGAAGGAAUCGUCGACGAUACGGUGCUUGUACUUUAGCUUAGAUGGUAAAUGUUUAUUCGGCGGAUGCGCCGAGCAGCUGAAAGUGUACGGUUGGGAACCAGCCCGAACAUUCGAUACGGUUACCGUUGGUUGGGGUAAAGUACAAGAUAUGACUACUGCUCAAGACCAACUAAUAGGAGCUUCGUUUUUCAUGACGCAAGUUUCCAUAUGCGUGGUAGAUGUGAAGAAAGUGUCGCCUUUCGUCGCGCCGCCAACUUCGCAGCAGCAAACUAGUCAAACGUCGCCAUUCUCGCACGGUCAAGGUAUUCGUAAGAGUUUCAGUAAACAGAAACCUAAAGAAGCGAAACAACGCAAACAAGAGGUCGAAACGAUCAGCGAGAAAUACAACGCCGAAUCCGAAGACGAAGCUUCUAAUCCGUUCAUUCCGAAUGUGGACGAUUACGAGGCUGUUUUCAAACCUCAUCGUGCGUUGAACCGUAGUCCACCUUUGCAUCCUUUCUCGGAACCGACCAGCGAAGAAGAUCUGAGCGCGUCGUCGUUAACACCCAAGCUAUCCAAUAAAAGAGCCAACUUCUCGUACGCCGAUGAAACUAAUUUCGAGGUUGUGACCGCAGCAACGCAAAGUGUCUCGUUACCAGAACACAGGGUACCUUCACCGGUGGUCCCAGCCCCGAAGCCUGUCAAGUACCAGUCGCAAAUACACGUAUCUAAAUCGGCCACAGCAGCAGCAGCCAGUAGUCAACAUUCCAGCGGAUACAGUUCGCUAAAAUCGAGCACUAGUCGAGAAACGCUACGUAGAGCUAACUCGUGUAAGAAUAACGCCAGCACGUCGACUGAUCCAGAACCAGCUUCGAAACCAGCUCAAAACCAUAUCAACUGGAGCGAGUCUUCGUUGCCAGAUAUAACCACAUCUCGACUGCCCAAACCGCCUCCUUCGUAUAAACGAACACUAUCUAAUAAAUCCGAAGAUCCAGCGGUACCUGAGACUACUGCCCCAGUGCCAUAUACUACCACCAGUGACGUAUCACCAUCGCCGGAAAGCCACGACAACGAAAUCAUUCCAGCAUCUUGCAGUUCACCCGUCGAUCUUCAGCUCGCCGAUUUCUUGCCUUCUUCGUACCGUAACGGUCUUCAUUCGCAGCAAUCUCAUUCUAACUUAUCGGAAAACGAGAUUAUUACGUCGCUGACUCGUAACCACGAAAUGGUCUUGACUAUAUUGAAAAUCCGCCAACGAAAUUUACAAAUCGUGUAUUCGUUGUGGCAUAAUCAAGACUUGAAAUGCGCCUUAGAAGGCGCCGUAUCGAUGAACGAUCAAGCAGUCUUGGUCGACGUAUUGAGCGCUAUCAACAAAAGACCUUCACUAUGGAAUUUAGACAUCUGCGUCGUUCUACUCCCCGCCAUACAUAACUUGCUGCACAGCAAGUACGAAAUGUACAUGAGCGUUUGUUGCGAUUCGUUGAAACUAAUGUUGAAGAAUUUCGCUUCGGUUAUCCGAACCAAUGUGCAAUGGUCGGCACCUACCCUCGGAGUUGAUAUAUCUAAAGAAGAAAGAUACGCUAAAUGUGUCAAAUGCUACGAAAGUUUAAUAGCUAUACGAACAUUCCUGUUGAAACGUCAAACAAUGCAGGGUAAACUUGGUCAAUCGUUUCGCGAAGUACAAACUUUACUGUAUUCGAUUGAAAAAUAAAUUUUCAUUUUCACCCAUUGCUAAACAUGUUAUCAAGCUUUAACUUUCCACCUUCAGUAUUCAUCAUUUAUACACCUUGGUAAUUUAUUAAUUUUUAUUCUUCGUGUAACUUUUGUUAUUUUUAUACAUGAUGAUCUUAGCUUCUUCUAUACGAACGAUGUAAUUUUUUUUAACACAUUUUCAAGCUCUGUGACGCGAUUUAGAGUAGGAAAUGUUUUGUGAUAUUUAUUGUUAUAAAAUAUUGCCUUUUGGGAUUAAUUUUACUGUAUCAUUUAGGUUUUGUUUUGUUUUGUUUUUUUUUUUUGCAUAAUUUUAAUACCAACACCGUCGAUGAGUAUUUUUAACCCCGAAACGUAAUGUUUUAUUUUGUUUUUAAUUUUUACAUUAUCAAUAUUGUGUACAUUAUAAUAAUAUGUAUUUAAUAUGGUGACAUGUGAUUUUUGUAUUUGAUUUUUUUUCCUUUUCUGGAUACUAUUUUGUAACUAAGUAAAAUUGUGUUACCUGCAUUUGUAAAAUUUCAGUUUUAGAAUUUUA